UUCCGGCAGCCCGCGAGACACCAGCUGCGGGACUUGGUAGACGGCUGAGGUGCAGGUACUGCGGAAGGAUGGAGCCGCUGAAGAUGGAAAAGUUCACGACCGCCGACCGGGGAAACGGGCUGCGCGCUGUGGCCCCGUUACGACCCGGGGAGCUGCUCUUCCGCUCGGAUCCCUUGGCGUACACGGUGUGCAAGGGGAGUCGUGGCGUCGUCUGCGACCGCUGCCUCCUUGGGAAGGAAAAGUUGAUGAGAUGCUCUCAAUGCCGAGUUGCCAAAUACUGUAGUGCUAAGUGUCAGAAAAAAGCUUGGCAGGACCACAAGCGGGAAUGCAAAUGCCUUAAAAGCUGCAAACCCAGAUAUCCUCCUGACUCUGUGCGACUUCUUGGUCGAGUUGUCUUCAAACUUAUGGAAGAAACUCCCUCAGAAUCGGAGAAACUUUACUCAUUUUAUGAUCUGGAAUCAAAUAUUAGUAAACUCACUGAAGAUAAGAAAGAGGGCCUCAGGCAACUUGCAAUGACAUUUCAACAUUUUAUGAGAGAAGAAAUACAGGAUGCUUCUCAGCUGCCACCUUCUUUUGACAUUUUCGAGGCCUUUGCAAAAGUGAUCUGCAACUCUUUCACCAUCUGCAAUGCGGAGAUGCAGGAAGUUGGUGUUGGCCUGUACCCUAGUAUGUCAUUGCUCAAUCACAGCUGUGACCCCAACUGUUCGAUUGUGUUCAACGGGCCCCACCUCUUACUGCGUGCUGUCCGAGAAAUUGAGGUGGGAGAGGAGCUCACCAUCUGCUACCUAGAUAUGCUGAUGACCAGCGAGGAGCGCCGAAAGCAGCUGAGGGACCAGUACUCCUUUGAGUGUGACUGUUUCCGGUGUGAAACCCAGGACAAGGAUGCUGAUAUGCUAACUGGUGAUGAGCAAGUAUGGAAGGAAGUUCAAGAAUCCCUGAAAAAAAUUGAAGAACUGAAGGCACAUUGGAAGUGGGAGCAGGUUCUGGCCAUGUGCCAGGCGAUCAUAAGCAGCAACUCUGAACGGCUUCCUGAUAUCAACAUCUACCAGCUGAAGGUGCUUGACUGCGCCAUGGACGCCUGCAUCAACCUUGGGCUUUUAGAAGAGGCAUUGUUCUAUGGAAUUCGGACCAUGGAACCCUACCGGAUUUUCUUCCCAGGUAGCCACCCCGUCAGAGGUGUGCAAGUAAUGAAAGUCGGCAAACUGCAGUUGCAUCAAGGCAUGUUUCCGCAAGCAAUGAAGAACCUGAGACUGGCUUUUGAUAUCAUGCGAGUGACACAUGGCAGAGAACACAGCCUGAUUGAAGAUUUGAUUCUACUCUUAGAAGAAUGCGAUGCCAACAUAAGAGCAUCCUAAGGGAGCCCAGUGGGAGAGAAAGAUGGCUUAUAACUUUAUCAAAUGCCUUAUUGAGGUCACACAAUUUGUACUUAGUUUUCUGUGUGAAUCUUCCUUAUUGAAAAUGCUGUUUUGUGUUUAUGUAGGUAAAUAAAGGCAGACAUUUGACUUGUCAACCAUAGAAUAACUAGUUGUAGAGAAGCACGGUUACAAUAAAUACCAAAAAAAGUUAGUUGAAAAUGCCGUCUGGUAACUUUUUUUCUUUGUUUACUCAUUGGUGAGUUUAAUGUUUAAGAUUUCAAUGUUCAAGAUAGAAAAUCUGAUUAAAAGCAUGACAGAAUAAGUUCCAACUUUCUCUUUUAACAUAUGUGAACAUGAUUGAAUAAAAUAUCACUAUUUUCAUACUUGCUUCCAAGCACAAACUUACUGUCCAUUUUGGCAAGAGGUGGAAUUUUGCUAUUGCUUUAUGUUAUGUUUCUUAUUGGUUUUGCAGAGGGGAUUGAAUUCAGAGCCUUGCAUGUGCUAGGCCAACAUUAUACCCCUAGCCCUUGUUUUAUGUUAUUUUCUAUUCACAUGUAUUGUCCAUAUUAAUGGGGCUCAGUGUGACAUUUCAAUACAUGCAUAUAUUGUGCGGUGAUCAAACUAGAUCCUCUCCCUCACCCCCAGUUUCCAGCCUCUAGAAAUUACUAUUCUACAUUCUGGUUGACUUUUUUUUUGUUUUUUUCCACUUCCACAUAUGAAAUAAAAUGUGUAAUAUUUGU